UACUCUUCACUGACUUCACUCCCAACUGACAUCAGUCGCACAGCUAGCAUCAGGAGGCUACAAUCGCAGAAAUAACCCCAUCUACAGCCAUGGCAGACCCAAGAAUAAGGCAAAUUAAGAUUAAAACCGGCAUUGUCAAGAGGCUGGCCAAAGAGGAGACAGCGUACAUAAAUGAAGCCAAGCAGCAGGAGCAGAAGAUCGAGCGUCUGAAAUCAGAAGCAGAGGAUGAUUAUGUCAUCAAGAAACAGAUGGAGGUCUUGCAGGAGUCCAGAAUGAUGAUCCCAGACUGCCGCCGCCGUCUGACCAUCGCACACGCAGAUCUGGUUCAGCUGCUGGAAACAGAAGAGGAUUUGGCUGAAGCAGAGGAGUACAAAGAGGCUAGAAACAUAUUGGACUCAGUGAAGCUUGAAGGAUGAUUUCUGAUCUGUUUCUGUUCUCACUGUGAGACUCACUUGCUUAAAUGUCCAUUCCUUUCGUCAGGCCUUGUUUGGAAAAGCGUGGAGGCAAAACUGAAUCGUUCAAAAAGUCUCUGUUCUUGAUGUAAUUAUUUCUACUGUUUACAGUUAACGUGCCACCACAUUUGAUCAUGCUUCUCUCCUGUGUGUAAAAUCUCACAAGAAAUACCAUAAACAUUUACUUUAUUGCAAUAGAGAGGUAGAGAGUUCUUCUUAGCAUUUUAUUCAUCGCACUAAGUACUCACACUCACAGUUUGGACUCAUACACAGGAUUAAAAAAAAACUCUUGUUUGUCUUUUCCUCGACAAUAUUGAUUUUAAUGGUGUGUGCCCUCUGCUGAAAAUCUGAGGUUUUAUGAAGUAACAAAUUUCCUUAAUUCAUUUUGCAUUCCUUUUAUAUGUAUCUGAAUAUGGAAGAUUUAAAAUGCCUGAUUAAAUUAACAUUAAAGUGAAACAGUACAUGCAUUGUUAUAUUUAUUUCCUUUUAUUUUGAAAUUAUGGCACUUUUACUUUGCCAUCAUUAAAUGAAGGAAAGACUUUUUUGGUUUUUCAUGUUGACAUUUCUCAAUUCGUAACACAGAAAACAAA